CUCCCAACUCCCAAGCAUUGAUCCUUUGACUUGUCUAAUUGGGGGGUUUCACUCUAUUUAAGCUUUGCCUGGAGAAUGGUUGUGUUUACCACCAUCACAAAACUACAGUAUACGAGUUUAAAAUCACUGCCAACUCCUAAACUGAUAAACUAAACUAUGAGACAUUUGCGAGGCCAGGAAUUCGAGAGAGAGAGAGCUCCCAUUUCUGCCAAAUCACAUUCUCCCACGGUAAACACAAUGUUGGAAUUCAUCUCUCUCACCUUCAUCUCGUCACUCCUAAUCUCCAUCUUCAUCUUCUUCUUCUUCUUCAAAUCACAUCCAGCAACCAAAAACCCAUGUCCAGAAUCCCACCCUGUAAUCGGAAACGUCCUCAGUUUACUCCGGAACCUCCACCGGUUCCACGACUGGAUCACAGACAUGAUACGCCACACACCAUCCUUGUCCAUUCAAGUCAACUCCUUCCUCAACAUCGCCAAUGGCGUCUGCACUGCAAACCCGGACAACAUCCAGCACAUGCUCGCCUCCCCAAACUUCUCCAACUACAUCAAGGGCUCUCGCUUCAGCGACAUCCUCGACGAGCUCCUCGGCGACGGCAUCUUCAACGCCGACGGCCAGAUCUGGACCCUCCAGCGCAAGAUUGCCAGUCACGAGUUCUCCACCAACUCUCUCAGGCUGUUUGUCUCGGAAGUCGUGGAUUCUGAAAUCUCCGACAACUUGCUCCCUUUCCUGUCCCGAGCAGAGGAGGAAAACAGGGUAUUCGAUCUUCAAUCAGCGUUGAAUAAAUUCGGGUUUAGGAGCAUUUGCAGAGUUGGGUUCGGUGUGGAUCCAGAAUCUUUCACCCGGAAUCUCGACUUCAUGGGCGCCUUUGACUACGCCGUGGAGAAUUGCUUCAGGAGGAUUACCUCCCCUGCUCCUCUGUUCUGGAAGCUCAAGAGAUUUCUUAAUCUAGGGUCGGAGAAGCGAUUCCGAGAGUCUGUCAACACGAUCAACGAUUUCGCUCUGGGGGUGAUUGCAUCGAAAGAAGAAAGCGACAACCGGAACCAUCAGGACUUGUUAGCGAGAUUCAUGGUUUGGAGCUCGACCAUGGAGUUCGAGGACGAAAAACAGAGGCGCAAGUUUCUCAGAGACAUCGUGAUAAGCUUUGUACUGGCCGGGAAGGACAGCACUUCAACUGCUCUCACUUGGUUCUUCUGGCUCGUCGCCGGGAACCCACGUGUCGCAAACUUGAUCCACCGCGAACUGUCGUCUUUGGAGCUCGGACAGAGCAGAAGAAGAUUCGGGUACGAGGAGUUGAAGGGGCUAGAUUACCUGCACGCGGCUCUAUCCGAGUCAAUGCGGCUGUUCCCGCCGGUGCCGCUGAAUUCAAGAUUAGCGGUGGAGGAUGCAGUGUGGCCGGACGGAACCCAGGUGAGGAAAGGGUGGUUUGCCGACUACUCUGCUUACGCGGUUGGAAGGAUGGAGAAAGUGUGGGGGGCGGAUGUGCUGGAGUUUAAGCCGGAGAGAUGGCUGGAUGGCGAGGGAAGAUGCAAGCCGGUGGAUCCGUUCAGGUACCCUGUGUUCCACUGUGGCCCCCGAAUGUGUUUGGGGAAGGAGAUGGCUUAUAUGCAGAUGAAGGCGAUUGUGUCGGCGGUGAUGAUGGAGUUCCAAGUGUUGCCCGUCGACGGAGGUGCGAGUCCAGAGAGGAUGAUGAACCCACCUUACGUGUUGUCGCUGCUUCUCAGGAUGAGAGGUGGGUUGCCCGUCGUGAUCAAGAGAAGGAGGAUGAGGAACGGUAUUGGUAUGUAGCCAAUUUUUGCAGCAUGUUGGUGGUUUUAUUUGUAGCAAGCAACCAAGUAUCGACUAAGGCCACCAGUACUAUGUUAGCUAGAGACUCUAGAUGAGAUGGCAGUUGUUAGCUAGGUAGUAAGGAAAACUAUGGCAGAGUUCCGACCAAGGCCAAGCGAGCGAUCGCAACAAACUAAGAAAUCGACCUCUAUUUCUAGUAACUAGUAAGCAUUGAACGAGAAAUAGUCUAUUUGAUUGAUGUGUACCAUCACAUGGAACACAAGCUGGAUUGACCAUAUCAACUGAACAGGGAUUUAGUGGAGUAAAAUGGUUCAUCAUCUAUAUAUGUAUUUCUCUAGUAAAAUGGUUAAUUUAAAUGCAUUCAACCUUUCCAUUUCUCCCUACAAGACUAAUCCCAACACCUUCUCAUCCAUGUAGUUCAUCCACACUACAAAGCAACCACCAAUUUCUCUAUUAUUAGAAUUAUUAAAGUGCAAGUUCCCAAAAAUUCGGGUCACUGUUCAUUACGAAAUUUUCGAGGUUUCUGUUCACCGCAAGGUUUUAAGAUUCCGUGCACACAGAUUUAGCUAAGCCUGAGUAUCCCAAUUUAGGCUGGGCAAGAAAGAUGCACGGGUCCACCUAGAAUUGCCUGCACCAAAUCACCUCUCAUUUAUUUAUUAUCUCUCCUUCCGCUCUUCCCCUGUAAAAUCAAUCGCCUCCCUCUUCCUCUCUCCUUACCUCUCUCUCCACUCUUCCCUGCAAAAUCAAAAUAUGAAGAAGGAAUAAAAAUCCCUAGCCCCUUUCUACUUGCUCCACUCAUAGACUCGGUGUGACUCUGUGAUUUACUUUCUAUCGUUGCUGUGUUAUGAAGCUAUAAUUAUCUACCAAACGAUGAAGAAUGAGGCAACGAUGGCGAACCGGCGACGAGCAUGAGUUCCCCCAAACGACGGCGGCGGACCUCCUCACAUCCCAAUUCUUAAACCUACUCAACGACGCUCCGUCAGAUGACGCCGGGAACCUCACUCCAGCAGACGGCGACGGUGGUAACAAAGUAGGAAGCUGCUCCUACUUGCCCGAACAAUUGCAAAGUUGACAAAGCAUGAGCGGACGGCGACGGUGGUAACAAAGUAGGAAGCUGCUCCUACUUGCCCGAACAAUUGCAAAGUUGACAAAGCAUGAGCGGCGACAGCAAGACCGGCGACGUGAAUGAGUUCCCUUCUGGUGAGGGCUACAGUAAAUCGCUGGAUUUUGGUGAGUCAACAACUCGAUUCAGCACAUUGGAGAUGAUACCCUUUCUUCUUUAUUUCUGCUUCAAUUGAAUCAAAGGAGGUAAUCUAGGGUUAGUUAUUCUUAGCCCUGAUUUUGGUUCUUGCAAUCCAUCUCUCUCAGCGGUGAAUUUGCCAUCACCACUGCAACCGAUUUUGUUUCUUUACUUUCUAGCGUGUUCAGGGAGCCCUCACCGCCCCUUCUUCAAUUUUGUUUUCUCGAUUCCAAGGGUUCAGUAGGGGAAGUCGAAGCUGUCAAAUCAUCAAUCUGUCAAUUUCUAGCUGACUAUGCGGCAAUUUCUAGCCGACUGUGCAGCACAGUUUACAGGCUCAAUACCGAGUACUUUGAUUGGGAUUACAAUGACGGGGCUGGAGGUCGAUUGGGGAAACAAAGUAGUCAUGGUGGCAUUACUCCCAAGAGAAUAUAUCAACAAAAUGAAUCACUACUCCAUUCCAGUCUGUCACUAUCUUUUAUGCAAAACACAUGGGAGCGUUUAAGUUCAGGCUUUGCUGUAGUUAGCUUUUAGGAUGUUGCAAAACAAAUAGGUUGCUAGGUCUACUGAAGUAGCAUAAAGAACAGUUCUCUGUUUCAGCCUUCAGGUACCUUCAUUGAACAAACUCAAUCAAUGAACUAAAAAACCAUUU